AUGACACGUGAGCUGAUUAUGAAGCAGCACAAUGAGAAAGAAGAAUCAAAAAGGAGGAAGACCAUAUCUCUCAAUUCAGUAACUCAAGAAGAAUUGGAAAGUAAGGAUUUUGAAGAUGUUGAAGUAUUUGUUAAUGAUAUUAUACUUGCUGGAAAUGAUUUAGAAGAAAUCAAUGCUCUAAAGUCUGCACUUGAUCAACAAUUCAAGAUUAAGGACUUAGAAGCUUUGAAUUUUUUUUUGGAUUUAGAAGUAGCAAGGUCUACAGAAGGUAUAUUAGUCUGUCAAAGAAAAUUUGCAUUAAAAAUACUUGAGGAUGUUGGUUUUACUGGUGCAAGGGUUGCAAAAACUCUAAUGGAGCAAAAUGUGAAGCUUGACAGAUCUUCUGGUGAAUUGUUAGAUGAUCCUUUAGGAUAUAGACGAUUAGUUGGAAGAUUUCUUUAUCUGACUAUUACUAGACCUGAUGUAUCAUUUGAUGUUCAAGUAAGGGAGCCUCACUUAGAUGCAGCUCACAUAAUCCUUAGAUAUAUUAAGGGCACACCAGCACAAGGGAUUUUCUUUCCAGUAUCCAAUGAUCUUCAUUUAAAGGUGUUCUCAGAUUCAGAUUGGGAUUGCCCAGAUACAAGGAGGUCAAUAAUAGGAUAUUGUGCAUUUUUAGGAAAUGCAUUACUGUCUUGA